AUGACCGGACAAAAUUCAUCGCAGGAACUAGAGCGGAUUAUUCACUGGCAGCAGAGAAUAUUGCGGCUGACGGGUGUCAACUUCUUCGAUGAUGAUUUUAAAAUCAAUUUUCGCACCCUCAUUACGACAGUGAUGGCGAUUUGUUUCACUACAGUACAUAUCACAGAUAUGUACAUUUUUCGAGAUGACAUAUUUAACUUCACCUUCGUACUAAUUACCUUGUGCUACACAUGUAUCGGAUGGAUUCGACUGAUAAAUGGUUUAAAGGAUUCUAAACCUAUUUCAUCGUUGGUUGUAACAGCCGUAGAAACUCAUAGAAAUGCUUCUACGGGUCAGCGUGUACAAAAUAUUCUGAACAGUUUUGUCAAACUCUUGAAACAAGCGGUUGUCACUUACAGCGUGAUGUUUCUUGGAGGAUGUAUUAUGAGUGCAAUGUUGCCUAUUAUCGUUUAUUUAUGGAGUGGUGAGGCAAUACUUCCAUUUGGAAUUAUUCUCCCAUUUGUGGAUUCAGCCUCGCAAACUGGUUAUAUUUAUAAUUAUAUCUAUCAGGUACUAUGCAUUAUGUAUUUUCCACCACAAAUAGCCACCAGUCAAAAUAUGUAUUUCAUGCUGGUUUUCAAUAUUUGCAUCGAGUAUGAGUUGCUGAUGUUGAAACUGGCCGAACUAGAUCAAAUGAUUUCCAAUAAUAGUGAGAGCAAUCUAAACGAAUUGAUUCAUGACAAGCUGGUGGAAAUUGUCCGUUGUCAUCAACGGAUUAAUGAGUUUGUUUCGAGAUUUGAAGAGUUAUACUCUCAUCAGAUUUUCAUGGAAAUUAGUUGUGACGCUCUGCAAAUUAUCGUCACAUUGUUCGUUCUGCACAUCGAGCCCUGGGUUCCCGGUUACUUUGUCAUUGUGGUAGCCACUUUCCAGCUGUUUCUGUAUUGCUUAUUGGGAACAUUAAUCGAUAUCAAAACUGACGUACUUUCGGAAUGUAUCUACAAUGUCAGCUGGCAUAAACUACCAAAAAAGGAGCAAAACAUUGUACAAAUUAUGCUACAGGUUUCUCAAUCUCCACGUCAGUUGACCUACGGAGGAUUGGUACCGUUGAACAUGAACCUAUUUCAAUCGAUUUAUCGCAAAAUCUAUUCGGUUUUCAUGAUGCUACAAACUUCGAGUGAGUGAGUCACCCGCAGUUCUACACGACUUAUAUAUUUUACUGCAAUAUGAAGAAAGUAGAAUGUUGUGUUAUGUCUAACUUGUCAACUAAACUAGAGGCCCUGAAAAGAACCGUUUUAAUUUAUGAUGUGGACAAAAACAGUAAUGUUAUAUAUACAGUUAAAGUAU